AACGCAUCUGGCCGAUGGCGUGGGCGCUCGAGUCGCUCGGCCAGCCUCCGACGUGGCUCCUUGUCCUCGCAACACCGGUCGCGCUCCUCUUUGGUUAUCGCUGGCUGCAGCGCCGCCUCGCAGCCAUGGACGAGGCGAGCGCGCGUGCGGAGGCCGCAGCGCUCUCCACGAAGCUGCAGAAGAACCCCAAGACGUUUACAAAGGACGAACUGCUCGCCUACAACGGGAUGGACCGGCGCAAGCCGCUACUGCUGGCGCUCAAGGGGCGCGUGAUUGACGUGAGCGCCGGCGCUGACUUUUACGGGCCCGGUGGCCCGUACGGCAUCUUUGCGGGCAAGGACGCCAGCAAGGGCUUCGCGAUGAUGUCCCUCAAAGAGGAGGACGCACACAGCGACCUGACGGGUGUGGACGACGACCACCUCAAGAUUCUCGACGACUGGUACUCAAAGCUGACCGGAAAGUACCCGACGGUCGGCCACGUAGCAUGAGGCUGGCAGGGAGGCCGCUGGUAGACGGGUCUGUGAGUGGUAGGAGCCCGGCUUCUGUGCGGGCAACAUUGGUUGCGGCGGGACCCCGGCUUCUCUUGGGACCCUAGGACGCGGCCGAUCGCCAUUGCGGUUUGCGCAGGCCCGCAUCCGGCUCGAGCGCGCCAGCGCGGCGUCUCAGGGACUCAGAGACGACAUGCACAGGCAGGCUCAGCACGUCACGGGGUCACGCCACACGCGCCGUGUGUGGACCAGGCACCAGCUGUGGAGCUGGACACUGUGUCUCACCCCAGACUUUGUGCGCGCGCCGUCCUUCCGUACCCGUGUACAUACAUGUAUGUGGUCUGACACCAGCGAGAGCGGUCUCUCCCCAGAUAUGUGUAUAUGGUUAUUAUAUGCGGAGAGCG